CAUCGUAAAUUAAUUUACGGAAUUGUUAGUAUCGAACAAGAUGGUGAACAGAGAAUGUUGUUACGAAAAGGGAGUGGUUACACAAUUUCGCUCUCAGUGAAGUGGGUGAAAUGUAUAUUUGUGUCAGGAAUAUAUGGAAACUAUUCUUAGGAUAUGACACAUUAAUAUAAACACUUAUUUCGAGUAUUUUUGUGGUGAUACUACCGAACAAGCCAUCAUCAUGAAGAAACAGUUCCUGAGAGUGAAACAAAUCGCUGAUCAAACGUUUCUCAGAGCUGAGAAGACUGAGGUAUUAAACGAAGAUCUCAUUAAUGCUGAGAAACGAGUUGAUCAAAUUAAACAAACAUGCCAAAGUAUUGGGAAAAAAAUGGCAGCUUGUCUUGGAACUGAGACUGUUUCAGUUGAAAAAAAACUGAAAAAAAUGCCAGAUAAAAUUUUGGCUCAAAUUAUGGAAGAAAGUCGUAAUCAGUUAAGUGAAAAUUCAAUUCUUGGUGCCAUAUUAGGAGAUUGUGCAGAUGUUCAAGUUCUUCUAGCAAAGGAAUUAGUAAACUACGAAGUUAGUGUAGAAAAAAAUAUUUUAUCUCCAAUUUUCCAGGUGUUGGAGAAUGAAAUUCCAAAUAUUACAAAGCUAAGAAAACAACUUGCAAAGUUGACACUUGAUAUGGAUGCAACAAGAACGAGGUAUCAAACUGCUGCAAAACAUUCAUUAUCUAGCAGUGUGACAACUGCUACAGCAAAGGCUGAUUGUUUAAAGGAUGAAUUGGAAGAUGCAUCAAUGAAAGUAGAGCAAUGCAGGGAUUCCUUGGCAGCUGAAAUGUUUGCACUAAUCAGUCGAGAACCAGAAUUUGCUCAACUGAUCAUUGAAUGGUAUCGUUUACAAGCUAAUUAUCAUAGAGCUGUUCUAGGCAUAUUAGACUCAGCUUUACCAUCAUUUGAAAAUAUCAUCAAGGAUUUUCCUCAGAAACCAGUGUUUGGUUGUUCUCUAGAGGAACAUUUGCGUAUAUCUGACCGUCAGAUAGCAUGGGUAAUUGAAUCCUGUGUUGGUUUUCUGCUAGAAUUUGGCAUUUGUGAAGAGGGGUUAUUUCGUAUUGCAGGGAGUUCAUCAAAGAUGAAAAAACUGAAGAAUGCAUUUGAUGCAGGUGUUGUUGAUAUGACAGAAUACAUUAGAGACCCACAUGCUGUUGCAGGAGUUCUAAAAUCUUAUUUAAGAGAAUUACCAGAACCACUCAUGACUUUUGCUCUCUAUGAUGAAUGGAUGGCUGCAGCUAAAAUAACUGAACAAGAAUCUCGUCUCCAGGCAUUACAUCUUGUAGUUUCAAAACUUCCAGAGCAAUAUUUUAAUAAUCUAAAAUAUGUUGUGAAGUUUUUAGCAGUGUUAGCUACAAAUGCUGAGAUUAAUAAAAUGUCUCCUCAGAAUAUUGCCAUAGUGAUGGCACCUAAUCUGAUUUGGCUUCCAAAAGAAGACUCUUCUAUGCAAUUUAGGCAAGUUUUUUGUUCACUUUCAGGAAAUAAAUUAUAGAGGUUGUACUGAGUAGUGCCAAAAUCAUCACUUUGUAAUAUUUUUAUUAGAGUGGUGAUAAAAAUCCUAGUUUGUUUGUUUCGACAUUCAGCCUGAAAUUGAAUCACAAAUCACAUUUCAGGAAAAGCAACAAAAUGUUAAGCUUCUGUACAAUGGGAGUCCCAUAAAUCACACAUCUAGAAAUUUCAUGACAUCACAUCUGGAAGUUCUGGAAGAAAAGUAGGAAGUGACAUUGAGAACCAAAGGCAGUUUUGUGCAAUGUCGUCCAGCAUUUUCAGAUUGGAGUCUUUUAUUGACUGAUGGAAAUUUUGGGGAAUUUGUUGGGAUGACUUUUUUCAGUAGACUAAAACAAAAAUUUUGACAUGACACAACCUGUUAAAUACUAUUUAAACAUUGUGAUGAAAUGGGUUAUUCAGAAUUAUUCAUUAAAAAUUUAUUUAAAACUGAUUCCUAUUGCUGACAAGGAGAUGGUCAGACAUUUGGGUCUCUGAUUCAAAUGAAACUUGUUGAGCGUGUAGCCCUAAACACAAACAGCUCCUUGUCCAAAUAAUAGGAU